ACGACACAUCCCCAGGUAAAUCAGCCUGCUAUAAAUAGGGCUUCUCUGCAAACCAAACUCAUCAUCUUGUGCAGAGGAAUCAACCUGAGAAAAUGGAGUCGAACCGCAGGCGUAAAGGGUUCAUCAAGCUGGUAAAUCCUUUCUAUCGAACACCAAAGUCUUCUCCAUCUGUGCACAGUAGUAGCAAGGUUAAGCCAAGCCCAACUCCGAUGACGAGUUUCGUUGUUGACAAGGAUGUGACGAUGCCUCCACAGAAGCAGAAGGUGUCAUUUGUGAAGUCAGCAGCAGUAGACGGUCAUCAUCGUGAUUCAAGUGGCGGACCUAACACUCACAGUGCUAUGGUCGUUACUGGUGAAGACAACGUCGACAUCAGAGCUUCAACCUACAUCUCUUAUGUUCAAGAGCGUUUCAGGCUCGAACAAGUUGACUCGGGUUGGAGGAAGUACCAAGAGACGCACUAGCUAGUGGCUAUUAAUUAGCUAGCUAAUAUAUAUAAUAGCAUUAAGUCUCUUCUCUCUCAAUCCUCCUUUCAUAUUCCUUCUAUUAGAAUAUAUAUAUAAACCGACUUAGGGAAAGAACUGAUGUAAUUCCUCCAAGGUCAUAAGUUUGUGUUUGAAUAUGGGGUGGGGUUCUUUCACCAAUAAAAAAAUAUUUAUAUAUAUGGGAUGGGCUUCAUUUAUUGUUUGGAGAUCGAGUAUGGUGUUUUCUUUUUGCUUGUUCCAUCUGUUUAUGUAAGAUUGAUCUUCGGAGUCGGAGAUAUAUCAGGUUAUGCAGCUUAUACUUGCCAGCUCUGUAUUAAA